CCAGCUUUCUGGUAAGACGGACUAGUGGGUGCCCCGGUGGGCUCCUCAUGUUCUGUACGCAAAACCUUCUCCAGUCGGGCCUGCAAACAUACAUGAAGCCGCGCAACACCCAAAUGUGCCAAAAUCCUUCACAUACCUCAUACGUGCACGCUCUGGCUGAAUCCUGACUAUCAUUCCUCUUAUCCUAGAGAAGUACCCCGCAUAUCUCAAGAGUGUUUCCUGUUGAUUAUUGGGACAUUGCGAUGACAAGCGACGACGCAUCGUGACUUCUGAUGUGCAUCAUCGUCGUUUGUUUCGGAAACCAUUUACGGACACCAUCAAAGAUCCAGUAGCUACAGGAACACAUCGAGCAAUUUAGAAUGACCGCCUUGCGAGCUUGUUGAAGCGUUUGUGCAACAAGGGUGUCCCAAAGCUCAUUGUGCUUUCACGAAAUAAACAAGGGACCUGGUGUCCCGCCAUGAAGCAGACUACCAUGGAGGAUUCAGAGGGUCACGCGAGCGAUGGCGAUUCCAGCGUCGAGGAUUCAGAGAUCAAAGGAGGGUCUGCAGAAGCUUCGCCAUCAUCGAAAACCACUGCAAACAAGACGCCUAGCCAUCUCCAGAAACGUCGACGAGUGACUAGAGCAUGCGAUGAAUGCCGGCGGAAGAAGAUCAAAUGCGACGGCGCACAGCCGUGUACGCACUGCUCCGUCUAUAGCUAUGACUGUACGUAUGACCAGCCCUCAAAUCGACGCAGGAACCCAGCGCCAGCAUAUGUAGAGAGUAUCGAGAAUCAGCUUCGGAGUGCUCAGACUUUGCUGCAUAUCCUCAUUCCCAACCUUGAUCUCAACGACCCAGCCAUGGUCGCUGCGGUGACACAAGGAUGGCUGCAAGGGGGGCCUGGCAGUUCCAGACAAGCACCGCAAAGGGAGUCACUAACGCAGCCGCCUUCUUUACCUGUGGCGACAGAGGCAAAACCGGAGAUGAAUAUCGAAUCCAUGAUUCGCGCUGUAGCGCAGAUUGAUCUCGACGAGACAGGUCACUGGGAUUAUCAUGGCCACUCUUCCGGUCUCAGUUUUGUGAGAAGAAUGCGCGAACAGCUAGGGGAUCUCAUGGGGCCGGAGGAGCAAGGCGCGCCGUUCGUCAAAAGCCCGACUUUGCAUCAUGUCCUGGACUCGCCCAAGUCCGGGAUGGACUCGCCUUUCGCCGAUGGGAUGCGAUCGCAACCCGCUCUGCCACCUCAGCAACUUGCGCGUCGGAUAUGCGGCUACGCAGUCAAUGAUGCCGCCGCCUUGCUCAGGACAGUCCACCAACCCACAUUUUGGGCAAGCUUCGAGAGGAUAUUCAGCGUACCUCAGGAGCUAUACACCAAUGAGGAUCAUGUAUUCCUCCCCUUGUUAUAUAGCGCUAUGGCCCUCGGCAGUCUGUUCGGUAAAACAGAUGAUAGAGAAGGCUAUGAAACUUCCCACGCUCAAGGUCUUGCGUAUUUCCGCACUGCGCGGCAUCUUAUGGAUAUUGCAGACUGUCGAGAUCUGGCUCACAUUCAAGCUGUUGUUCUGAUGAUCCUGUUUUUGCAAUCAACGGCGAAGCUUUCGCAGUGCUAUGCAUACGUCGGAAUCGCCUUGCGCUCGGCUUGUCGCAUGGGCCUGCAUCGUUCGGCGGUCGGUAAAUUCGACCCCGUGGAAUCGGAAACUCGAAAGCGUUUAUUCUGGACUAUCCGAAAUCUUGACUCGUAUGUGGGCGCAUUGAUCGGUCUACCCAACACACUUCGAGACGAGGACAUCGAUCAGGAUUAUCCUCUCGAGGUUGAUGAUGAGUACAUCACGCGGAAUGGCAUUCUACCGAUGCCGGACGGCCUGGUUUCUACCAUGACCGCCUUCAACAUGCAUACCCGUGUGGUCGACAUUCUGAACAAGAUCGUGCGCAAGAUUUACCCAAUCAAGUUCCAAACACCCCUUGGUAUGGGAGACAAAUCAUAUUCUGUGCCUUUUGCAAGCAUUAGAGAGAUUGAGAACGACCUCGAGAACUGGAAAAAUAGUCUACCGCCAAUUCUCACCCCAAACGAGACCUUAGGAAAGUACACCAGAAUUCAGCAGCUAUUGCGGUUGACCUACGCGUACGCCCAAGUCAUGCUCUACCGCCCAUUCCUUCACUUCGUUGCAAAUGACAAGCGAAAAGAACUGAAAGACAAACGAGCAUACGCUUGCGCUGCAUCGUUCAUCAACGUCUCACGAAACAUCAUUCACAUACAGACGCAUAUGCAGCAGAAGGGUCUUCUCAAUGGUGGCUACUGGUUCUCGAUGUACACUGCCUUCUUCUCAAUAUUGGCAUUGGUCUACUACGCCGCCGAAAAUCCGGACAGUGACACCACGCAUGCCUUAAUGAGAGAUGCCCUCCAGGGCAAAGAGGUUCUCUCAGCACUUGCCGCACAUAGCAUGGCGGCGGACAGGUGCUCGGCAACACUAGAUACCAUAUUUCAGCGCUUACCUACCUGGAUGCGCGAAGGUCGUCCAAAUCCUGCGCCAAACAGAAAACGCACAUUCGAAGAAGGCACCGCACAGCCACACAAUAACAGCACACAGUCUCCUCUCGCUCACAUACAGUCAUUCGCUGAUACUCAAGAUCCUCCACAAUUUACAAGACGCGCUGCGACCUUCCCUCAAAUGGGCCAGCCUAACCCUCAGAAUAUGAUAACGUCGUAUCCUGAGACCUGGGCCCGGCUGAGCCCGGCGUACACACCUGGGCAGAGUUCUACCGAUGGCUCCUAUGACUCCAGUCUACAAACGGGUGUCGUGCAGCCGCCAAUGCCAAACUCAAUUGACGGCACAAUGCCACAUUACGCAAAUCAACACAGCCUCAAGCCGCCUGAGUUGACCGACCUCUCGAAUAUGAUUUUCCCGACCGCAAAUGAGCCAUUUCUCUAUCCAAACCAAUCUUUGGCCUCUUUCGAGAAUCGUCAGCAAUUCGACCAGGGCAUUCCAUAUGCGGCCAAUGGCCGCAAAACCGCUUACUCUAAUAUCGACGUUGACAGCCGACCGACGUCGAACCCUCGCAGCGAAGGAGACAUCGAGGCGCAAUUCUUCGCACUUCCGCCUUAUAUUCAACAGCAGCACCCACAAUCGCACUUGGUGCCGCAACAGGCUCAGCAAUCUCCGAGCAUACCCUUUCCGCCAUCUCAGCCCAUGUCCUACAGUCAGGCGACACCGCCGCUCGGCAACCAGACGAUGCCCAUGUCCGCUGAAGAGUGGCAGGCAGCCCAGGGACUUCGCCAGGAGAUCCAAAAUAUGUUCGGUAGCAGCGAGUGGGAUCCCAUGGCCGGUGCAUAUCACAACACUUUGUAGUGAUGACCAUCUUAUCGAGACGAUUAGGGAGCCGUGCUUACAGUAUGUGCAAUCUUGCCAUACUGAAUUUUUGUGAUAUGUAAAUCGUGGCCGAGUCCUUUCAUCCACAUAAUUCAAUAUUCUUUACUUCCGUGA